AUGAGUCGAAUCGCUCUCUCCCUCCUCCUGCUGCUCGCCUCUCGCUCCGCUGUAGCCGACGUCUACCUGCACCACCCGCGCGGCUCCAACAAUAAGCUCAACGAGGCCGGCGGGUAUCAGAUUGGCGACAACUGUGCGCCGCCCGGCUGCAGCGACACCAACAACAACUACGACUAUGACAAGCCUGGAGCGGGCAAGGGCCAGCUCAAGUACUACGAGAGCUCGUACCUCGAUCUGGAGUGGACCAACCAGCACGGCUGCGGCGAUCGCGACGGCAACGUCCGAUGCAACUUUGUUAUCCAAUACGCGUGCGAGGACUCGAUGCCCGAUAUCAGGGACGGGUACAGGUACGAGCGGACGGCGGGCAACGGCGCUGCGAACGGCGACACCAACAACGGCGACCGCGAGGGAGAGACAUUCUUUCCCACCGAAGAGACCUUCCUCCGAACCGGAGCGAGCGCUUAA